AUGGUGCAGCCUGAAGCCUACUACAUCCCCAAAGGCGAAUUCGUUCCAAACAACCCGCUUCCUGCUCUCGUGUACCGCAAUGUACUUCAUCGACCUGUGACCGGAGAAUCAGCUCAAGCUCUCUGCGAGGGAAAUCACUGGGAAAAGCGGCAAUGCCCCAAAUGGCGUAACGACUUUUGCAAAGGCAAGGAAGAUAUGAAGGCAUUGGAGGAUGAGAUAAGGGCAGUUGUAAUGCCGGAAUAUGACCCCGUGUAUGGGAAAGAUGGUCCCUUGGUGACGCUUUGGAGAGAGGUGACAAGAGAGAAUAAAUUGUGA